AGGCCUUUAAAGCCUCCGUCAUAUGAGAUUCACCAGCAGACUAGGGGUAGCGCAGAAAUGCUUGCUAUAGACCAGGGUGCCAAACAAAAAGACAGGUCUAUCUAUUAUCCGAGGGGUGGGGAGCUAAGACAAGAUUACUUCGCACAACACUCUGCCAUCUCUGGAAUGGAGCCCCCUGGCUACAUCCCACCUCCUUCUUAUAAAAGAGUCUUACCCCCAAGAGCAGUUUCUGUCAACCGCAGUGAAAUGGCAAGCCCAAGAUGGAGGGUGGAAGCGCUGCAGAUGCACAGCUCAGAUCCUGGAAGGUGGCUUUCUAGAGGUGGUUCGUGGCUGGAACAUUAUGGAGAUCGUGGUGCAUCCUAUCGAAAACAGGUACAUUCUGGACAUGAAGAACAACCAGGUCAUGCCCGUCAAUUACCCACUGAAGACCCAAGAGUGAAGCAAAUCUCAGGAGGGCCAGGCGGAAAUUCUCUCACUGACUCAGACAAGAUCCGUAACAUCAACAAGGAAAUUCCGUCCGCUAAGAUUUUAGGACAAUCUACACAUGAUAGUGCCUUUCCUCCCCAACAGGGGCCAGCUCUCACUACUGACAACCGCAAAACAGCUGUCACAGAAAAUGACAGCAGUAAUCGAUGGUGCAACAGGGGAAUAAACAAAAAAAGUGACAGCGUAGCUUCUGAACAAAACCGUAGUCAGUUUUUUCCUUCAUCCAUUCUGGGUAAACCACCACCUCCCCCAUGCAAGCCAGCUGACCAUGGUGUUUCAGAAACUGUUUCAGAAGUAAAAAAGGUGGAACAACCUGAACCAGAAAAAGACAAAUCCAAGAAUUUAAAAAAGAGACUUAGUGAGACAAUUUUUUGUUUGGUGUCUGUCCCUGUUACUCCACAGCCCACUGGGACAAUCCGUGAUCAGAAUAACAACAAUGAGAAGUCACCAGACCCAGCGGGCAGUCCAAGUGACAACAAAACUGGCCAUUUAACAAACCAAAGUCUCCAAAGCACAUCUUCAGCUGAAGCUGAGCUGCAAGCACUAACUGGUAGCAUAGCAAGCAGCAAGACAAGCAGUAGAGCAAGCAGCAAAAUGUUUAAAAAAUUACCUUGUAGACCCCCUAAGAUAAACCAUUACAAGGAGCUGAAACUGUCAGGAUCCUGGCCUGCAAACCAGUAUCGAGACCAGGAGACACAAACUAGCCCAGAGGCCCGAAAACCUGCCCCUGAAAACAAGGAAGCACAACAAGACCCUGUCCCUCCCAGCACUGAAGUCCCUCCUGACAACGGCAGUGUAGUGGGCACUGCUUUCAGUUUUCCUAUACAGGGAGUGAAGAGCCUCAAACUGUCAAGCAACAGCGCCUUCUCCCUGACCGCCACCUUCUCCAACCAGCUGAACAAGAGCACAGCUCAGCAGCCAGCAGUGCCACCCUCAGGAAAUGUGGAGGAAACCAAACCAGCAACAACCAGUGGCCAGGAGGCAUUUGAACAGUUCCUGAUCAAACCGACCAGUCAGAGAACAUGGGAUGCUGUCAAAGAGCUGGCGACCAUCAAAAAAGAAGCCCAGGAACAGCAGCAGCAGCAGCAGCAGAGCAGCAAACAGCCCAGCGUUGACAAGUGCAUAGAGGACCUCAAUGAGGCCUACAAAGACAUCUUGGAGUUAGGCAAUGCCAGCAAUAAAGUCCCAAAUGGUUCUGUUCAAAUCCCUGAGCGUAUAAAAAUCCGACUGGCAUCAGAACCUCUCAACAAACCCAGCAGCCUUAGGCGCAGUGCAGUAAGCUGGUCUGUUGACCCAGAAUACAGGGAAGUCAAGAGCGCCUUCUCCAGGCCUGCGACAAAAUCGGUAACCUUCAGUAAGCAGCUUAGGGAGGAGCUCCCUGUCCCACCUCGGGAGACAGGCUUCAGAGAAUACAGGGUUGUUGCGCAUCUUUCGCGCAGACGAAGCAAUGAUGGCAGAACAGUGAAACUAGACCUGCCAGAUGAGCCCAUUGAGACACCACUUUGUGACUUCAGUCCAACAACGCACACCACAGCAGCUGAGGUACCAUGGGCAGAUAGGCAGCCUAUGCAGGAUGCUUCUACACUCACUAGUCCUCCUGAUUAUGAGGACAUAUGCCAGGCUUUGCGUCAGUCUAGAGAUCCGGCAGAUGCCAAUAAACUGUCCACAGGCAAUUCCAAAGCUAAUGACGCAGAGUCACUUCAGGAUCUCAAUACUGAAUCAGAAGAGGAGUGCCCUAUUUGUAAAAGAGAGCUUGAGAAUCAGAUGAGACAGGGACCGUUGCCUCCACUUCAUGAGGAGAACAGCUCGGACAGCUCGGCCAAUCAAAAUGGCAGUCCAGAACAAUGCGCUGCGUUAGACAGUCCAGCAGAGGGUAUAAAAACAGAGGAGCUAAAUGACUCAAGUUUGAAUCAGUCAGGGUCUGACCUGUGUGCUCAAACAAAAGAGCAGCAUUCAUUGACACAUGAAGAUGCGGAAGAGGGUGAAAAAGCAGACAGUGCUCAGACAGAAACCUUGGAUAAUAUGGGUGCAGUUAAUCCUGCUGAGAGCAUACCAGUGACUGGAGUUAGGGAAGACAGUGCGUCCACAAUAUCAGCAACUGAUGUGCCUGCAGCCCCACAAGUCACAGGGGAACAGUGUGUUAGUGAAACAGUAAAUAAGGAAGCAGAAUUAGGACAGACAGAAGUUACUGGAGAAACACCUGAAGGCAGUGCUGACAAACAGACAGCUGAGGUGAAAUGUGAGUGUGAGACACAAGACAAUACCAUGCCUGAUGACAAGCAGGAAGAAGAAAAGAAGCCAUCUGUUGUCCUAGAGCACAGACUUGGUCUACGGACUCAUUUGGGGCGAGAACACCCAGGGUUACCAGAGUUUCCACCAGACAGACUGCCACUUUCAGUUCCCCCAAACCUAGAUCGCAGGUUGUCUCUUAGCUUAGAGGGGGAGAGGAAGAGCAGGGGCCCCUCCCACCGAUUUGAAGCACUACAGAACAAGCUGGCUGUUUCUCCAGGUCGGGUGGCAGUCGAGCGCCUUGCCCGGAUGAGGGAAGUGGACGUUAUGUAUCGCAUGAGGCGCCUCAGCAUCAGAAGUACUGACUCUGGGGAGGCUGAGGGGGAGGGCAAAGACGAGCAAGCAGAGGAGCCCAGCCCUGCUUCUCCGGGAGACGAGGAGAAUGAUCCAGAGGGCACCCAUUCACAGCAGGUCUCUGAGGAGACAGUGUUGCAAGAUGAGGAGGAGUCAUCACUCUCAGAACCCCAUGAUCCCAACCGAGUGGAGACCAUGUAGAAAGACUACAUCCAUCAUCUCCAUCUGAGGUUUUUAGCUCCAACACUGUGACCUGGCUGCCUACUAGAAUGCCUUCAUCUCAUGUUGACACUGAAAUGGCCUUCUUGUCCGACAAGAGCAUUGUGUACACCCUCACCCUCGGCGCUGCGUUGACUACUAAGAGUGCUGUGCCACUGCCAAAGGAAGGUACCCCUUUAACUUGAGGGGCAACCUCCACUCCGAAUCCCUACCCAGCAUCCACAAACUGAUUUCCCACAGUCCCAACUGUCCUCCAUACCCAAGCCCAUCCUCUUAUAGGGUUUCUACUAGUUAGUCUUCUUGUAGCGGCUUGUCCUUUCUAUUCUAUCCUCCCUAUGCUUUUUUCAUUGGCAGACAUUAUGCAAUUCUGUCAUGCAUACUAGAACUUCUGAAAUGCCCUUAGUGAAUACAGAGGAGACAUUUUUUGCAUACUGAACUGAUCUGUUUGUUUACGGGCAAGCUGUUAAGGAUAUGAAUGUAAGCAUUUAUGUUUAACCUAGCAUAGACAUAGAAGGGUUAUUUCACAAACCUGUUCUGUUGCAUUUAGACUACACCAAAAUAAACUGCGUAUCUGAUUGUUGUGAUGAGGCGACAACUGUUUUAGAACUGGACAUCACUGUCUCUGGCUCAAGAACUGUUUUGAUUUUCAGAUGAGAUAAAUCAGCCUUUCUUAUUUUAGAGUUUAAUGACAUCGUGCCCUGUCUCAUUGCUUUUGUACACACUGCAACCAUAACAUGUAGAGCUCUUCAGUGAAGAGUGACUCUAUACCACAUGACAUGAUAGAUCAGCGACCUGUUAUACAAUACUUUGGUUCUACACUGGAUAGGAAGAGCUGCCUUCUUUACCCAGAUGCGUGUUUCCUGGUUGGAUCAGGUGAAGUCUCUGGUUAGUCCGAUGUAUAGCUCCCAAUUCCAGGUAAUUUCAGGAAGCAAUAAAGGCUUGAAUUGAGUAGAAGUGGUGUCAGCAACUUUGAUCAGCAUUAAAGAUGGAUAUAGGGAUAUAGAAAAAAAAGAUAAGUAGAGCAAUAUUGUUGUACAAACAGCUCAGCAGUAUAGUGGAGCUACCUGUAGGAACCAUUGUCAGGAGUUUUAAUGUGAACGUGUCAUUCAGAUCAUACUACAGGGAUAUGGAAUUGUGUCAGGGUAUAUGGGCGCUUAUCAGGGGUGGGUACUUUACUUCAUGAUAUAUAUCUAUGUUCAUACAUCUGUAUCACAAAGAGAUGACAUUUCACGAAAUAUUUAUUUUUGUUAUCAUCGAAUUGUUAAUCAGUUUGCAUAAUGUACAAAAUAAAGUAUAUUUUAAAUAUUUUAAGAGAUAUUUUGUAUUUAACCAUAAAAUUUUAUUUCUCCACGCUUAUAGCUGAAAGUAUCAUAUGUCUGUAUAGUAUCAUACUGAGAGUAUACAUAAUUUUCUAGUGCUUUAAAAUCUAACAGAGCGAUAUACAGUAGGAAGGGAUGACCCUGUGGUGUGCCUUGAUCGCACAGUUCAGUUUCAGUGAGCGAUAGGGUUCAUCAUUGUGUUGACGUGAUGGAAACUUUCUGAUUGUGCUUUUUCAUAUGCUAACAGAGUCAGUGAUGGAUGCUCCGUGUGAUAUUCGUGUGAUAUUUUAUACAUAAAUCCAUCUCAGCUGUAUUGCCUAUGUUGGUGGUCAGACAUGACCUGUGUGUUUAUUUUUGUUGUUGUACGUCUUCCAAUUCAAAUCAUGUAUUGUUCUGUUGUUGGUUCCUCAAAACAUGUUUAGAAAUAAAAUUGGGAUUUUUGUUUUUUCUUCCUUCUACCCUUUCUUUCUUCUUUCUUUCUUUCUUUCUUCUUUUCCUCCUAAUUCUCUUUCUUUGUUUCUUUCAUUCUGCAGUGUGUUCAUUUGUGUAAAUGUCACUAUCAUUUAUUGCACUAAAGGGUACAAUGCUAUUACUGGCUAAAAACCACAUAUUUGCAAAAAGUAUUUUAAAAGAGCAGGGUUUAUAAUACACUUGAAAUCAUAUUUCAGAAUCUAAAUAAUUAUUAAAAAUCUUCUUGUGAAUUAAAAACAAGUUUAUGCAAUUAUGUGGUUUUUCCACAACAACACAGCACUGGUAUGAUGUGUCAACAACAACUCUGUAGGAAUCCAUCACUGUUUAAUUGUUCGUCAAGUAUCACUUAACUGUUAUGUAGCAUUUUACAGUUGUAGCAUUUUAUCAACUCAGAGCUUUGUCUUAGCAUUUCAAACAUUUCUUGUAAAUUUGAAAUAAUCAUUUCGCCUUAUUAUGUGUGCAUUACAUUAUAUUUCAGGCAAUGCCAAAUACCAACGUACUAAGCACUGUUCCAUACCUUAGCUUUUUACAAACGACUUGCUGUUCUGCCAUCCCUCUGGCUGGAGAGGUACAGUAGCAUUGUGGAUAGCUUCUGCUCUUCAUGCUGUUUAUUUGUAGGAACAUUGAAUCAAAACUGUGAAUUUCAAAUAAUACAAAAAUCAUAAUUAUAAAAAGUACAGGAUGUGAUUCAGUGUUUCACGACAAGCUCAUGGUCAGCAUCACAGGGAGGACAAGCUGGCACACCCAUGAUUACUAACAUAUCUCAUUUUCAGUUCAUUUUGGAGGCUGAAGGGCCUUGCCUCGGUCUUGUGUGUAAACUGCCCCUAACAACAUUUGAAUAACUAUUUCAGUACAUACACCCCCCGCCCCAGUAAUUGGCAUGUCGGGUACACUUGAACAUAGUGUCAUUUGACUUUUUGUACUGCAGGUUAUGUGCAACAUGAAGUAAUUAUGCACACUUGUAAUAUUUUAUAUUUUCAUAUGAGAUUUAAGUGCUUUUUGUACUCACUGACAUCUUUUUUCUUCCUUGCAUGAAAUGCAAGAGAGAGGAGGAAAAAAAUGUUUUUCAUAAAAUAUAUUUGCAUUUGGUACUCCAAUGGUAAAAGCAGUGGGCAAAACAUUAUGUUUCAUAAUUUAAUUUACAAAACUAUGCCAAGUAUUUAAAAGCUAUUUUUAGAGUGAAUCAAAAAAAAAAUUCAUUCAUUUUUUCCUUUUCCUUUAACACAUGCCUUUAUCUUUGUAUCUAUAAAUAUGAGCAUAAUCCAUGGUCAUAUGAUUGUGCUACUGUUGU